CCAUCAGCUAGUGCUAGCAGUAGGUACUGGCAGAGCUGCGCAACGCGUCGCUAGCUUAAAAGUCGAGGAGCAGGUUGCGAUAUUCUCAACUUUUCCGCAGACCACAUUGCUAGCUAUUCGAUCCGUUCUAGACGCCUUGCAAGCUAUCAGCCCUUGUUGACCUCGCAUCUGAGAUUGUUCGCAUCUCGAAAAUAUGGCACUCAUGGAGGGUGUGACCCUGCUCCUUCGCACAGACGCUACCAUGCUUGCAGGAAGAGUGGCUCGGAGGGCAGCGGCGGCAACCUGGGGAACCAGCAGCAGAAGCUUUGCCUCGUCUGAAGUACCUAGCCCAGAAUCUAGUGAGGCAGCCAACAAGGGGAGGGCCCGGGAAGAUGGAAGACGAGUAGCAGAGAAAGCGGCAGAAGGCAAGCCAGGGGAGGCCAAGGAUGAGGCUGGCAACGCUUUCAGUGACAUGGCAAAGGGUCUGUCGGAGGCAGGGAGGAAGGUGAGCAAGGUUGCAAAGGAGACUGGCAGCAGAUUGAAAGAGACCGUCAGCGGAGCAAGGGAGGGUGCGAGCCAGGGUUCAGACAAGUGAUGAGAGUUAGUCUGUAACAGUACCAUAGGAGGAUGGGGAGCAUUGUACAUUCUUUCUACUUAUGUAAUCAAUCCAGAGGCUAGACUAAAAUGAGCAACUUCAGGGUUCGGGAACAUCCGGCCAGCCUCAGGUGCUGCUCAUGUCAUGUUACGAGGAUAGGAUAGGACAGGUCAGAGGGCGAUCAAAAAAUUUUGAGGCACUGAUCUGACAUAUUCACAUAUGAGGAUAUGACAUUGUCGAACUUGCUACAUUUGUGCUGACACUUUCCGCUCUUCAUCACAAGUAAUUGAACUUCGUAUUACACAUUGGUAUGUCUUGUGUUCCAUUGUGGCCCAUGGGU